AUAUUGCAUUUUGCCAGCGGUUUACUUUAAGUAUGGUAAUUUAACAUUGAACUAUACGGUGAUAAAGUUUGCUUUAUACGAAAUAUGCAGUGAACUUUAAAUAGAGCAAAGAUAAAUAUGUGCGAGAUUGUUUACAAAGUGUUUGAAACAUAAACGUGCUAGGACUUAAAUAUUCCAUAACAUUAACAUUUCGUUGUGUUUUAUAUGUGUGCAAUAUCUUUAGAUAAUUACGAAAUAGCUUGAAAGUAAUGGGAAGGAUUGGUAGUAACCACACUUGUAUCGUUGCCAAAUUUGGACGUAUAUAGUGGUAUAAUAUACACAAGUGUUUGAUACAGUAAUAUAAACUUCAAUUUAUUGCGCUGUUUUGAUUCAGCUGUUUAUAAGGAUUCUACAUCAGGUGGAUACUUGAAGAAUGAGGUACAGUCUUGCCCUACUGAUAACAUGCAUGCUCUUUGAAGUCCGCCAAGCGGUGCUUUUCGAAGAAGGGGAAUGGACGGAGUGGUCCAAAUGGUCGGGGUGUUCCGUCACGUGCGGAUAUGGUUUCUACAAGCGCCAGAAGACAUGGAAGCCAAGUGUACCUGACGCCCGCGACAAGGUCCCGUAUACGUAUGAGGACAAUAUGGAAUGUACAAAUAAAGUGGAAUGUCCUCUUGACGGAGCGUGGGGAUUUUGGGGCGCCUGGAGCGAGUGUACCCGUAUGUGUGACGGCGGCACCAACACUAGGAAACGCGAGUGUAACGCACCUUCACCGGAAAAUGGCGGGAAACCAUGUGAGGGCAAGGCCCACAACGAAACCACGUGUAACGAUUGGAAAUGUCCGCCCUUGCCCGACCACUUUGACGUCAGUCAAUGCAACGAGACGACGUACAUGUGCCUGAGCCAGAAACAGUGUAUCCCCGCGACCAAACGCUGCGACAACGUGCUGCAGUGCCAUGACGGCUCUGAUGAGCACAAGUGUGAAUUCUUCUACUUUUCCAGUUCGAAUUUUGUGAGCAUAUCAGCCUUGAUUUGGACGUGCUUGACGGGCGUGAUAUUUGUGGCAUUAGGAUCCUGAUAGAUGUUCAAUCCAUAGAAGUGUGACAUAAUGUGUUGAGUUGUUUUACUGUGUAACAAUACAAUCACCGGGAUACGUAAUGGGUUUUGAAUCUCAGCCUCAUACGUCAAUUUUUCCUCACUAAAUUUUCGGGGUGGCUGUUAUUUCAGUAAACACAACCCACAGACGUUCACACAAUGAAUAAACAUUAAAACUAUAAAAAGAAUUAUACAUCACUGAGAAAAUGCGUAUGUGUUUGCGUAUAAACAAAAAACUUAUCCAACGCCCAUGCUAGACAAUGAUAUAUUAAGAUCGGGUUACGCACGUCGUGGUUUUGAUAACGAUCGGCAAAAAGGGGACUAACUAUUUACCGUCGUCUGGAUUGGGCAUUUGGACAAUACAUAUAUAAUAAAACCUGGGAAUCGUAUAGUGACUGUGAUAGAAGCAAGUGUUAUAUACACAAUAGUGACAAAGACACGGCUAGUGAUAUACUAUAUAACCAACGUUUUGGUAUUUGGUAAACACGUUGUAUUGACGUCGCGUUCAUAUACAUUCAUGUUUCCAAGUUAACAUUACUAAAAGAUACUGUAGCUGUGACUUUGAACAUAUAGAAUAUAUGUGGUUAAAUGUAGAUGAAUAAAUUAAAAUAAUUAUUCUUUAUGCUAAAGCAGUUAAAACAUCUUGUUCUAAUAUGAUUUUGAAAAUAUAUGUUUUUUAUAUAUUUAAUCGAACAAAAUUAAAAUUUAUUUAAGAUACUUCUGUAAUAUGGGCCCUGUUGUACUUCCAUCAUUCCUCUCAAUACAGUAGAAAUAAAUUGUCUAUUCAGACCAUUGUUUUCUUGCCAAUUGUUGAGUAUACACUCAUUUCAUGUUUAUUUCAAAUAUAAUAAAUGCUCAUUUUUGAUAAUAAAUACAA